ACAAAGACGUUAUUAAAAAUUGAAUUUUUUCUAAAAAAUAUAUUCCUCUCUCGGGCCUCUUCUCGUCGUUGAAUUUAGGAUUGGUGGUUGUUCGUAUAGAAGGCGCAAGAUCAAGUAUCAUGGAGAAACAUUCGCAUGUGCUGGACCAGGGUUAAAUGUUGUAUAGUGAUGGCCAAUGACUGCGACCUGGACAACUGGGAAUUGCGACAAGAGGAUGACCUGGUUCAGUUACCCCAUAGAAACGCAUUGACAUUACCAACCAUAACAAAAUUUAUAAACGAACCGUCAACACAAAACGGAUUACACCGACACUGGCAUAACAGGGCACAUAGUACAGAAUCAGGACCAGAGCUUCGUUUUAUUAAUCCCGCAAUAUAUGCUGAGUCCCUCGAGGAUGGGGACGAGGUAGAACCUGGAGCAACCUCGAAGCAUCAUUCAAUAAAAUCAGAAGAUAGCUCUUCACGCUUUCGUACAAAUUGUGGCGAUUCCCAAUUCGCUGAUUGCUUUUCGACACUUUCCAUUAAUGAGGAAUCUGGAGCAGAUUGUUAUAACGAUCAGCAGAAUCCACGGGAAACUUAUAGAUGUGCAAACUCUCUAUCAGCGACAUCUUCGACGUUUACCUUAACUAAUCAAUCAAAAUCUAGUCGUGUGGAGCGCCGUUGUGCUAUAGGCGAUGGUGAAAAAAUAAAAAAUGGUUUUCUAAAUGGUGUACGUGCAGAUAAUGACACGUCAGUGAACAGUCAACCUGAUAUACAAAGGUACACUGUUAAUGGACAGAGACGAGUUAUGCAUUAUUCCUCGACGUCGCUCUCGGGCUCGACCGUUUCAGAACAACAUCUCAGUGGAGUCGCCCUUGCGCGAAAGUUAGCUCAUAAGGAAUGGGUCAAGGAGAAAGAGCGUAUGGUGCAAAGAAAGAAAUCACUCGAACAUCGAGCCGAGGAGCGAAGAAAAGCUGAGGAGGAGAAAGUAGAAAGAGAGCGGGAAGAGCGUCGAAGGAAAGAGCGUGAGAGUUUUAUACGUUGGGCUGAAAGAAAAAGAAAGGAAGAUUUGGAUCGUAGAAAGGUGAUAGAAAGUGAAUUGGAACUUCAGAAAAGGUUGAAGGAAGUUGAAGAACGUGCAACGAUGGCGAAGACCAUAUAUUUGAAACAAUGGGCACGAAAGAAGGAGGAGGAAUACAAAGGUUUGUUAAUACAUAAGUGUCUUGAAUUAAGGAAAACAUUUGGACGUUCUUUUUAUCUAGCGCAACAGAAGGAGCUGCAGCUGAAAGAUAAACAGGCUGCAGAAGGGAAAAAGAAGAGGUUGGAAGAGAGUUUAAAGGCUUAUGAAAAAUGGCGUGAAAGGUCGAAGAACAGACCAAAACCUGCUACGCAAGGAUUGCUACCACAUCAAAAAGCUGUACCGGCUUACGUGAACCCAACGCCCUGGCAGCGACUCGUCGACGAUGCGAAUUCGUCGGACGAAGGACAAAGAAUUACGGAUUUAGCUGAGAAAAAAUCAAUAGCUAAGUCGAAUAGUAACAAUAUUAAAAAAAAUAUUAGAUCGAAAGAGUGAAUAGUUAGGAACGUCAGGAAUCGGUGGAAGCUCGAGUGAUCGUUUAUAUAGAUCGAUGAAGUUCGAUCCAGGAAUUAAGGAUGCUGUAAGAUAAAAAUCAAACGGACAACUUGAUAUAUAACGCCCAUUGAUCUAGACACCUGAGAGAGGUUUAGUCUCAUUAACAAACUGCAAUCCGUAGGUCCAUUUUGUAUUUCUAAUGAAUGAACCCUAUAUAUGUACUAUAGGGAUUUUUUUUUGAUAUAUUCAUUUUCAAGAAUCUUCAUCCCCACUUGGUUAAUACAUUUUAUAAAUACAAUUUAAGGUGAUUCCUGAA